AUGAAGACGACGGUGGGGCGAUGGUCAACCUCAUCGCGAGCGAGGCCGCGCUUUCGAGCUUCCUGGAUGUCGCCCGGGCUCACGUCGCACCAACAGCUCGACGCCGGUAUCGCAGCCCGCCAGCACGCUGGCCGCAAGGCGCUGAAGAAGUCGAAGCGGCCGUUCGCGAACUACUUCAAGACGGAGUACCGCCUCUCUCCUCUCGCGCGUCUCCCCAUCACUCGGACGUCGGGUGUGAUCAGCAGCUUUGACGCUGUGCGCAUGAUGACGGACCCGAGGCGCAGUUGGGGCACGCCAUGGGACCGCGCCGGCAGCAGGGUGCGCACGCGUCGCAAGCGGCACGAUGUUCUGGAGCCGACCCCGACCCAGUUCGGCGACGACUCGAUGGACCGCGUGGUGGAGCGACUGCUUGAGAUUCGCUUUGCCUGGGAUCGCGAAGACGGAGUCUUUUGCACGAGUCUCGUGCCGGAGAGCCUUUUUGGUACCACGAAGCACUGCCGCCCGUAUCUCACGGAGGUGGCCCCAUCGCCGCUACGCUCGUCGAUAUCACUAUCGCCGCGCGAGUCAGCCGUAGGCGACGGGCGGGGGAGCCACAGCUGUGGCCUCAACUCCUCUACCGAGGAUGGGGAGGUCGUCAUGAUUACCGGAACACCUGUGUGUAUCAAGCGGCGCACUCCGCUUGUGCGGCGCAAGUCUGGUCAGCCAAAGCGGCCCCACACGCGGUCCACCCUGGGCUUCAGCGGUGUGGACACGGUACCGUCACUGGUACUCGACGUGUCCCACGGUCCGUUCCUCACCAGCCCAAGCGCACCACUCAUGACCUUGCGGUGGAAGGGAGAGCACCGCGAUGCGGCCAGCGCGCAGAGCGCCCUGCAGCUUCUCCGCCGCGCGCGAGCGGCGCCGACCGUCGGGCUCUCACCUCGCCUGGCGCUGCUGCUGCUCAAGGCACUGGCCACGGUCGAGGUGGAGGAGCCGGCGCUGGCGGUCUCGCUCGCCAUUGCGAUGGGAGAGAACUACAACAGCUACUCGGAUACCGAGUGCCUCGAGCUGCUUCGCUGUCUACGGCGCCUCGCGCUCGUGCGGGAGCUGCCCGCCGUUGCCGCACCCGACAUCGACACGUCCGCACUGAGCUCCACGUCAGCCGUUGCUGGCAGGUCGCCGCCAGCGCUGUACACGGAGGCCGCGCUGGCGGACGCCCUCCUCUCCCACUACCUUGACGACGCCGCGCCGUUCCUCGUGGCGAAGGUGUGGUCCCGGCUGCCCGAGCAAAGCCAUCGCCUGCUGAACCGCGGAUACUUCCUAGACUGGUUCGACCUAAUGAGCCUCGCCAUCGCCGCCAGUGGGCCGCAGCGCCUGCCGGAGCGACUGCCGAACGCGGUCAGCGAGGCCCCGUACGCUGCCAAGUACCUUUUUUUCCACUACACACUUGGGCUUAAGGAGGAUGUGCUGCGCGCUCUCGUCGGCCACCUGCGUGGCUUCACGACGUUGACCGACUCGACACUGCAGCAGACGAAAAACUCGAACGCCGACUACCCGCACACACUUCCGACGGCGUCGAGCACGUCCAGCAGCGGCCGCGCUGCACCUCUGCACUUUGUGGACGAGGUCAAGGAGGAGGUGUACAAACCCCUGCUUCUGUGGCUCUGCGCCGCCUUACUCGUGCGCAUCGUUGCGGAGUCCCUCGGCGAUGUGGUGCGGCACGUGGGCGACUCACUGCAUCAGCACGCCGCCUUGGCUGCGGAGCAGGCGGAGGCGCAGCGCACCCAGCACGAGGACUCCCUCGUGUGGGAACAGCACCGACUUGGUGAUCCUGACAGCGGGUCUGAUCCAGCGUCCACACCGCAGGGCCUGCAUCAGCCCUACCCUCGUUUCAACAACGGCGCCUAUCAGCAGAUGGGCUGUCGCCGACCAAAGCGUGUGCGAGUGCGACUGCUGCCCUUCGAGGCGUUCCCUCGCGUCUCACAGUGCUUCUCCUGCCCCUUUGCGGCGGUGACGGAGAAGGCGGAGGCGCAGGAGCAUCAGCGGCGCCGUCGACACGACAAGUCACAAGGCUUCUCCACGUCGCACAAGGGCGGCGCUACAGCCAGAGGCUACGACACGCGUGCUGUGGCUCUGAGUAACACGGGUGACCCAAGCAGCAACGCGGGGGAGCGGCGACCGCUGAAAGAGGUGGAGUCGACCUUCGCCUCUGUGCUUGCCAACUCGCCGUUCAUGGCGAAGCACAUUGAGCGCGCAUGCGCGGCACUCGCGUGGAGCACAAUGGUGCUGCGGUUGUGCCAUGCGAUCGUGCGCGACCUCCCUCUUGUGCCCCCGCCUCCGUUGACGUUGUCGUUGCCGAGCGACAACACCGACGGUGCUGCUGCCGCAUCCCUGAGGGGGUCGGCGGCACCACUCUACCGUGAAGGCAACGGCGACGAGUGGGCGCACGAGUCAGCGGCAAUGGAGGUGCGUCAAGCGCUGUGCUACCGCUUUGUCCGUUCAAGUGUACAGCAGCACAUCGACGCUCUGUUCGCCUUUAUUCCGUGGGCCGAGAUGGAGUCGGCCUGGGAGCCGGUGCUGACGACUGGCGUCAAGGCAACAGAAGAAAUUUUAGUGCCUGAUGCCACGGGCGCUGCGGCCGCAGACAACGCCGUCUCACUUACCGCUGCGGCUCUUGAGGCUGUGCUCAUGGAAGAUGGGGUGGGGCCAGCACAGGCGUCUGUGAGCACGGAGUCGGCCGCUACGCUGUCCGAGGCAGAGCAGCGUGCACGGGCCACAAUGGAGGGGCUGCGCGAGCGACUCGAGGAGUUCCAGGUGGCAGUUGCUGAGUUGCUCGAGGCUCAUGAGACCUCCUUCCCUGAUGCCGUGAUCCCUGCUUCCUCCUCGUCCUUGGGCGCUGGUGAGGGCGAUGAUCUUUGA